AGAUUCGCUUUUCGCUGUAGUGUUUGAUAAAUUCACGUAAAAAUAAAUCAUUAAUAUUUUUUUUCUUAUAUCGUGACAUCAGCUACAGUGACGUUAAAACAUCUUGGUGAUCAGUGAUUUUACUAUUUAGUUUUGAGUGUUAAAAUGACCUCUGUAGUUUGAUGACAUCUCAUCGAAAUUUCGCUUUAAGCAAGAAGAUAAUGCGCCGGCGCAGAUAAUCGCAAGUGCACAAUAAUAUCAAAUAUUAAAUAAAAAUGGCGUCGGUAUGGAAGCGGCUGCAGCGGGUCAAUAAACGCGCCGCCAAGUUCCAGUACACUGCCUCCUACCAUCGCAUUGACGUCGAACUUACGCCGAAAUGGAAGCCGAAUAAAUUAAGUAUAGUAUGGACUCGUCGAUCGAGGCGCGUGAUUACCGAGCCGCUAGAAUGGGAACCGUCUCUCAAGGAUCCUUUGAAAGGCUCAGUAAUAUUCACAGUUCCAGAGAAUCAAACGGUGGCCGUGACGUUGUUCCGUGACUCGCGCACCAACGAGCUGGAGGACAAGGACUGGACCUUCGUUCUCGAGGAUGUGUCGCCGACGGGCAAGCGGCGGCGGCUGGCGGCCAGCGCGCUGAACCUGCGGCGCCACGCGUCGCUGGCGCCGGCGCAGCGCGCGCUGCGGCUGCCGCUCGAGCCCGUGUCGCGCAAGCUGCGCGCCGCGCGCCUGCACCUCACGCUGCACUGCGUGCUGCUGCGCGAGGGACAGGCCACAGACGAGGACAUGCAGUCGCUCGCGUCGCUGCUGUCGGUCAACAACAAUUCCGAUAUCGCCGUGCUGGAAGACUUGGACGAGGACGAUUAUACUCUCUCCGACAAUUCUACUAGACAGAUGCUAGAUCUCCGUCAACAGAUGGAAGAAAUGACGCAAAGUCUCACUAAUAGUGACAUAGCGGCGACUCCUAACAGCGUUCAGAGUCUUAACUUUGACAACUCCCGCACUCCGACCGCUCCCAUGACUCCCGAGUCGACCACGCCCACGACUCCCGUGCCGCCGAAGGACGUCGAAUUGGAUUUGAAAAUAAAUGAAAUAUCGAAUGUACCGAAAUCGCGACCAGAAUAUCUCAGCAACCUAACGAAACUAGCUAUGAAAAGUGAACUGCCAAAGUAUACCUCGACACCAAAAAUAAUUCCAGAAAGGAACACUGAAGACAUUAAAAUUGAUAAUUUGAAAGGUGUAGUGUUUAAGCCCAAGACGAUCGCGAAAAGAAACCUUAAACCGUUGGAGUUGAAGACAAAUUUGAACAACAUAAAUUUGGACACGAACGACAACGAGAAGGAGGAGGACAGUGACAAGACUCCGGUAGCGGAUGUCGACAAACUGCUCCCUCUGAAGGUUCUGGAAAAAGAUAAAACUCCAACGCUAAACGGCAAAUCUGUCCAGGUGCAAGAUCUGCUCGAGUGGUGCAGCGGCGUGACGCGCGAGUACCGCUCGUGCCCCGUCACCGACCUCACCACGAGCUUCCGCUCCGGGCUGGCCUUCUGCGCCAUCAUCCACCACUUUCGGCCCGAGCUGAUAGACUUCUCGGGGCUGCAGGCGGAGCGCGCGGAGAGCAACGUGCGCACGGCGCUGGACGCCAGCGCGCGCCUCGGCAUCGCGCAGGUGCUCACCGUGGCCGACGUGUGCCGCCCGCCCGCGCCCGACCGCCUCGCCAUAAUGACGUAUCUGUUCCAAUUACGAGCGUACUUCACAGGUAACGAGCUACAAGUGGAACAGCUCGGUAACGAUGAAACGGAGUCCUCAUACAUGGUGGGUCGUCACGACACGGACGAGUCCCUCCCCGCCGAGCUGUUCAGCCGAGAGGUCAGCACGAGGCGCUCCAGGAACAUGGCGGAUAAGCCGAGGCCCGUGUCUCAAGGGUCACAAGAGUCACCCGAUAAGUCUCCGGCCAUCAAGGAGGUUCGCGACAUGCUGCUACAGUCCAAGAACCUGCUGGGGAAGAUGCUGUCGCCGGCCAGGCCCACGACCAGGUGGUUCACGGAGCCGAUCCCAGCCCGACCUGAAAAGUUGAUGACGCGUAAGGAGUUGACGGAUCCUUUCGGCUCCGACGACGAAGACGAGUCGCCUCCGCUCAACAUGAAUGGCGGGACUGACGUCGGAAACGGAGCCAUCGAAAUACAUUCUACAGUCAAUCAAGAACAGAAACCGCAAAUCGAACCAGCCGCAACCGACCCGCUGACUACCCUAACAUCGGAGACGACCGUUGUCAACGGUGGUACCACCGACUCGCAGAAAGCCGUCGAGCUACCCAAACCCACUCCGCAGCUGCUGUCGCGGCACGACGAGCUGAAGGAGCGCGCGAGGCAGCUGCUGGAGGCCACGCGGCGCGAGGCGCGCGAGCGGGACGCGCCGCUCAGCCCCGGGAAGGCGGAGGAGGAGCGGCAGGCCACGCUGCGCGAGCGCGCGCGCAGGCUCAUCGCCGACGCGCGCGCCGGGCUCGUCAGCCCCACGUCGCCGCUGUCGCCGUCCCGCGCGCGCGGCACGCUGGAGAUCAUCAGCAAGCAGUCCGUCAUGGACGAGCUGGCUGCGGCUGGAGUAGAACAGUUAGAAGGUUUGGUUUCAAGACCGGAGUCGAUGCCUUCGAGUCCCGGCUCCAGGAAGAGCGCACCCAGUCCAGAUAGAUCAGAGCGCGCGAGUUGCGAGAGCCGCUCGCCGACGGCGUCGCCGCUGGCCGAGCGGCUGUCUCCCGACGUCGACGCCGAUCCCGACCACCCGCAGCCGGAGUCGGGCUCGUACCUGUCGGGCGAGCUGGCGGCGCUGGAGCGCGAGCAGAGCGCCGUCGACGAGCGAGCCGCCGCGCUCGAGAAGCAGCUGCGCCGCGUCAUGGACGCCGCCGACGACACCGAGGAGGAGGAUCGGUUGAUGUCUCAGUGGUUCAACCUCGUCAACAAGAAGAAUGCGCUGCUGAGGCGGCAGAUGCAACUCAACAUACUCGAGCAAGAGGAGGACCUCAGCCGCCGCUGCGAGCUGCUGGCGCGGGAGCUGCGGCUGUCGCUGGGCGUUGAGGAGUGGAGGAAGACGCCCGGCCAGAAGAGGCGGGAGCGGCUGCUGCUGCAGGAGCUGCUCUCGGCUGUCAACGAAAGAGAUAGACUCGUUCAAGAAAUGGACGAACAGGAAAAGGCGAUAGCGGAAGAUGAUGAAAUCCAGCGUAACUUAUCAAACGUCGAGAUACAAAGGAAAAACAACUGUAUACUGCAGUGAAUACGGACUGAUAUACUUCACAGCGCUUACUCAAUACAGCUUGAACAUUACGGGAACUACGUAACCAUAACGUCACGUGACAUCGGCUGAUGGUCCAUUAGGUCUUAAAACUAUAUUUUCAUAUCAUUCUAUAUGUUUUGUCUCUCUCGCACACCUAUUAAAGAGCGAGACGGCAUGCGUUUUUUAAACUAUAACAUAACGGCCUUACUGUUGUAAGACAGAAAAUACUCAUAAUAUUGUUUCCUAUAAUAAUAUUUAAAUAUUUAAGACUUAGGAAUACGGAAUAAUCCCAGUCGCUCUAACACGGUCCUUAUGCUGUACGACAUAUAGAUGAAAUUUGAAUACGAUGUAUUGUUGGCUUCUAGUACAAGUAAUGUUGGGUCUAAAUGGAGAUCGAUUUAAAUAAAAUCAAAUAAAAUUAUUCAACUUAAUUACAAAUUUAUUUAUUAAUUUAUUGUCUGGUUUGAAGUUAUGAGGCUAGAACAAAAGGUAUUUUAAUGAAAUGUGAUAAUUACAUUUAUUAAAUUAAAAUUAUGUUUGAAUAUAUUACCGUUGUCACGUAGAUCCAACUGACGCGAGCUUUUUUUAGUAUUUUUUUGUUAUUCACCAAAGAUUCCCCACAAAUUUACCCCUCUUGUCAAAUUCUAUUAUUUAACACUACAAAUACCAACAUUUUAAAGUAUUCAAUCAAUUAUUUAGAAGGUGUGUUACAAUACUAAUGUAUUUACUUUCACUAAUUAAUUAUAUAAUACAAUGCUUGUAUUUAAAAAAAAAAUGCUAUACAAAUUUUGAUGAGACUUUUUUUUUGAUACAAUCGUUAUAGUGAGUUUUUGGUUUCGAUAAAACUACAUAUAUAAUUAAAUUAAACUACUUUUGUUUUGAAAUAAAAAAAUUACACUGUUUUUAACUUAAAAUAUUUCUCGUAACCGCUCGGCUCGGUUCAGUCGAUAGACCGCGUGAAUUCUAAUUGAAGGUCGCGGGUUCACUAAGUUUUUUAUUAGUGACGGAAUAAAUUUCCCCCGACGCACUUUCUCCGUUUAAAGUGGAACCGGUCUCAGUCAACCAUCAUACAUAUUUACCGUAAGUUGCUCCGUGUCAAGAGGCAUAUUAAAUAAUAGAAUUUGAUCCUUACAGUCGACUCCGUGGUGAUAAUCGAGUACAAUGCCGUAGAUUAAUUUUUUUAUGUACAAAAAGAUAUUUUUUUACUUAGAUUGUAAACGGAGCGAAAUUUCGUUUAAAUGAAAUGUAAAUAAUAGUCAUGUUUUAGGUUUUAAUUUUUAUUAUUAUUAUUUAUAUCAGUUAGGUUAAAUUCUUGCCGCGACACGACACGUAUCCGUUCUUCGUUCGACGUACAUAUAUUCAGUGACAAUUUAUAUAAUAUUAACGCAUUAAAUACAAAAUUAAUUGAAAUAAAAUUGUACUGAUUAUCGUUUUAACUACAUUCGUUUAUAUAGAAAUUGUAGGAUAUUUUUUUAUUUAUAUAAUUCGCUUCACGGUGAACAUGGGUGCUGGAACGUGACCCGCAAACGAUGUGCAAUGUUUUUGUGUGUAAUUAUUGAGUACACGAUCCGUCUGGCGUUAGGGAAAUGAAUACAGAGAGAACUGUAUGAAAUAAUAUUUUUUGUAUUUAAAUGUUUUAUGUUUUCGCCUUAUUUUUACUAGCAAUGAAAUUAUCAGCGAUGGUAUAUUUUUAAUUCUACGCUUGGAUACUUACUGUAUGUACAUACGUAGAAAUAGUUUUAGCGUGUUUUUACUAUUACGUAUGUCGGAUUAGAUGUUUUAUUUUUGUUUAGUACCAUUAUAUAUGUCAGACGACAACAAACUAAUGAACAACAAAUAUUGUUGUGAUAAACAGCACACGUAUGACAUGAUAUGAUUGUUGUUACGUAGAUAUACGUAACAUUAUAUAAUGUUUUUGUAUUUAUAUAUGAGAACUCAUUUUUGUUGUGACGAUACGACAUACAAAAUAAAAACGAAAUGUCAUUCAUAGGUUUGGCUUCAACAUAUCUGUACUAGUAUUUGAUAACUUGCUUAAUAAUAAGUAGUUAUGAUUUUUUUUUAACUAUUUUUACAUACAACUAUUUUGUAUAACUAUAGAAAUACCUGUGUAAGGUAAAUAGGAUCUCAGUCCAAUCCCAUAAAUAACCGACAGCAAAAAAAGUGUAAUAUGUUAAGUCUUGUGAAAUUAUAGAUUGUGUAAAACGAAUUAGCGACAUUAUUGUAAUUUUUAUUUGGAAAUCGAACUAGUAAAGCAGAGCAAUGUCCGUUUAAAUAUAUUUUAUUUUGUAGAUUGUAAUUCCGAAUAUACUUAUAAAUGGUGCAGAGGUUUCAAUACUCAUAAUUGAAAGAGAUAUUAGGUUAAUACAACGUGAUAUUUUUCAAAAUAUGAUGGUAUAUAUACUAUUUCAAAUGAAUGUAUUUGAUAUAAUGGAAUUUAAAUAACAUUUGAUUUUUAAGACCUUAACCGAAGCCCCGCUUAACUAAUUCGAGAUUGUUAAAGCAAAUGAGUCCUAUCAGUUGAUCUGACGUUGGUCAUUAUCAAAACUCGGCUAUACUUUGAGUUGGAGUAUUGAAGUUUCGACCUGCUUGUAGUCUCACGGUAGAACUCGAUAAUCGAUGGUUUGUAUUCACUCUGUAUCCUAUCGCUAUUUAUUGUAACUAUAACGACUAUGAUAAAAUAAAGUGACAUUGUAAAAUA